CCCGGGAUGCCCCGGCCGGCCGCACAUGCCCGCCGAGGGGGGGCUGCCGGCCCCCGCCGCCGCCCGCCGGCCCCCCCCGCGCUCCUUCCUCCUCCUCUCCUUCCUCCUCGUCGUGGCCGCCCCGCUGGCAGCCGGCAGAGGUCGCAACAUGUGCACGAGUGGGAGCGCCUCGUCCUGCGAAGAGUGUCUCCUCAUCCACCCGAAGUGCGCAUGGUGCUCCAAAGAGGAGUUCGGCAGCACCAGGUCCGUCCCGUCACGGUGCGACCUCCUGCAGAACCUCAUCGCAAACGGCUGCGCGGGUGCCAUUGAAAACCCUCGCAGCAGCAGCAGCGUGGUGAAGGACGUCCCUCUGAGCAGCAAGGGCUCUGGCCAGACCCACCUGGACGUCACACAGAUCACGCCGCAGAAGGUCGCCCUGAGCCUGCGUCCUGGUGACCAGACCUCCUUCCGAGUUCAGGUCCGGCAAGUGGAGGACUAUCCUGUGGACCUCUACUACCUGAUGGACCUCUCCCUGUCCAUGAACGACGACCUAGACAAUAUUCGCAAUCUGGGGACCAAGCUGGCUGAAGAGAUGCGAAAGCUCACUAGCAAUUUCCGCCUGGGGUUUGGCUCUUUUGUGGACAAAAACAUUUCUCCUUUCUCCUACACGGCACCAAGAUACCAAAACAAUCCUGCAUUGGGUAACUACAAGCUAUUCCCGAGCUGCGUCCCGUCCUUUGGCUUCCGCCACCUCUUGUCUCUGACGGAUAAAGUCGACCGUUUUAACGAAGAAGUUCAGAAGCAGAAGGUGUCCCGGAACAGGGAUGCUCCGGAGGGCGGCUUCGAUGCGAUUUUGCAAGCCGCAGUGUGCAAGGAGAAGAUCGGCUGGCGGAAGGAAGCGUCUCACCUGCUGGUCUUCACGACAGAUGAUGUGCCCCACAUCGCCCUGGAUGGGAAGCUGGGGGGGCUGGUGCAGCCCCACGAUGGCCAGUGCCACCUGAAUGAGGCCAACGAGUACAGCGCCUCCAGCCAGCUGGAUUAUCCUUCGCUGGCGCUUCUCGGGGAGAAACUGGCUGAAAACAACAUCCAUUUGAUUUUCGCUGUUACAAAAAGUCAUUAUGUCCUGUACAAGAACUUCACCGCCUUGAUUCCUGGGACCACGGUGGAGAUUUUGCACAAGGACUCCAAGAAUAUCAUCGAGCUGAUAGUCAAGGCCUAUAACAGUAUUCGGUCCAAAGUAGAACUGACUGUCUGGGACAGCCCUGAGGACAUUGCCUUGACCUUCACUGCUACAUGCCAGGAUGGUUUGUCCUACCCUGGGCUCAGGAAGUGUGGGGAUCUCAAGAUAGGAGAUACGGUCUCCUUCGAGGUGUCUGUGGAGGCCCGCAGCUGCCCGGCUGAGGACACCUCCCAUGUCUUCACCAUCAAACCGGCCGGCUUCCGCGACACGCUGGAGGUGGCCGUGACCUACAACUGCCUCUGCGGGUGCACAGGCCGCGCCGAGCCAGCCAGCGGCAAGUGCAGUGGCAAUGGGACCUAUGCCUGCGGGCUCUGCGAGUGCGAUGCCGGCUACCUGGGGGCCCGCUGCGAGUGCGAGGAGGGGGCCGGCGGGGAGACGCACCAAGGGCUGUGCCGCGAGGUGGAGGGCAAGCCCCUGUGCAGCGGGCGGGGGGAGUGCAGCUGCAACCAGUGCGUCUGCUACGAGAGCGAGUUUGGGAACAUCUAUGGGCCCUUCUGUGAGUGCGACGACUUCUCCUGCGCCAGGUACAAGGGAGUCCUCUGCUCAGGCCACGGCGAGUGUCACUGCGGGGAGUGCAAGUGCCACGCGGGCUACAUCGGGGACAACUGCAACUGCUCCACUGAGACCGGCGGCUGCGUGUCCAGCGACGGGCAGAUGUGCAGCGGCCGUGGCACCUGCGUCUGCGGGAGGUGUCAGUGCACCGAGCCCGGGGCUUUCGGAGAGACCUGUGAGAAGUGUCCCACCUGCCCGGGCGUCUGCAGCACUAAAAGGGACUGCAUUGAAUGCAAGCUGUUUAACUCAGGAAGACUGGAUAACCAAACCUGCCAAAAGCACUGCAAGGACGAGAUCAUCACCACUGUGGAUGUUCUCAAAACGGAUGACCCGAAUGCCAUCCUGUGCGCCUACCCGGUGAACAACUGCGUCAUGAAGUUCACCUACUCAGAGCUCGCCAGUGGGAAGUCCAACCUCACUGUCCUCAAGGAGCCAGCAUGCAGCUCAGCCCCCAGUGCUGUGACCAUUGUGCUGGCCGUCAUCGGCAGCGUGGUGCUGAUCGGCACCAUCCUGCUGGGGCUCUGGAAGCUGCUCGUCACCAUUCACGACAGGCGGGAGUUCGACCGCUUCCAGAGUGAACGCUCCAGGGCGAGAUAUGAAAUGGCAUCCAACCCCCUCUACCGAAAGCCCAUUUCUACGCAUAACGUGGAGUUUACGUUCAACAAGCUCAACAAGUCCUACAACGGUACGGUUGACUGAUCAGGUCUCAGCGCGUGGGACUGCUGUGAACAAUUGCUUGACUGUAUUUGCUGCUCCCGACUUGAAGAUGGGAUCGAUCCUCUUCAGAGGAGGGAAUACCUUACAACAGGACUGGUCGAUGACGCAAGCCUGUUAUUUGCACAGUGAGGAGAAGAGUAGCGUGCUGUCUGGGGACACGCCGAAGCCAAGGCAGGCUCACCGCCUGUGCUCAUGGACUUCGAGCCACGUGAGGCUCCACAGCCCAGCUUUCCGGAUAUAUUAAACCUGCCAACUAAGUGAACCAAGUGCCAUAUUGCAGCUUUAGACAUAUCCCAUCCCACUAGAAAGGGUGACUAGGCCAAAAUCAGGGGAACCCCACGCCAUUGCAAGUUGUUAGGGGGGAAUUAGCUUAAAAAAAGAGGAGGGUGUUGGAAGCAUUUGUAUAAGAAAUUAGGAUACAAGAAUUUGCAGUCUUUAGGAUUUUUUUUAUAUAAAAACGAAAUAAAACUAUUGUGCAUACA